AUCCGACCAUGGCGCCGGAUCGGAUGCGGAGCAAAGUGGUCUCUGCCUUUAAACUGAGGGGCUAUCUGCUCCGGAGUGAAGCCACUAAAUACCUCACUGAAGCUCUUGAGCUUGUCCCUGACUUAGAGCUUGAAGAUACAUUGGAAGGUGUCAUUGAUGCUGUUGAAAAGCAGCCUUUGUCAUCAAAUAUGAUUGAACGAUCUGUAGUGGAAGCAGCAGUCCAGGAAUGCAGUCAAUCAGUAGAUGAAACUGUAGAACAUAUUCUUAAUAUAAUUGGAGCAUUCGAUGUUCCACACUUUGUGUAUAAUCUGGAAAGAAAGAAAUUUCUACCGCUAUCAAUGACCAGUCACCCUUCACCAAAUUUAUUUGGGGAAGCGAGAGACAAAGCAGAGGUGUUUCGUGAACGUUAUACCGUUUUACAGCAGAGAAUCCAAAGACAUGAAUUGUUUACUCCUCUGGCAACAGGUGCCCAUCCUGAUGAAAGAAGAAGCAAAUUUCAGCUUAAAACAAUAGAAACCUUAUUGGGCAGUACAGCCAAAAUUGGAGAAGUGAUUGUUCUUGGGAUGAUAACCCAAAUGAAAGAGGGGAAAUAUUUCUUGGAAGAUCCUACAGGAACAGUGCAAUUGAAUCUUAGUAAAGCCCAGUUUCAUAGUGGUUUGUAUACAGAAUCAUGCUUUGUCUUAGCAGAAGGUUGGUUUGAAGAUCAGGUUUUUCAUGUUAAUGCCUUUGGAUUUCCUCCUAUUGAACCUUCCAGCACAACUAGGGCAUACUAUGGAAAUGUAAAUUUUUUUGGUGGACCAACUUCUACAUCUGUAAAAGCUUCUGCAAAACUAAAACAGUUGGAAGAAGAGAACGAAGAUACCAUGUUUGUAUUGGUGUCUGAUGUUUGGUUGGACCAAGUAGAAGUAUUAGAAAAGCUCCACAUUAUGUUUUCUGGCUAUUCUUCUGUACCUCCAACAUGUUUCAUCUUCUGUGGAAAUUUUUCAUCUGCACCAUAUGGAAAAAAUCAUGUUCAGUCAUUGAAAGAGUCCCUGAAGGCUCUUGCAGACAUAAUAUGUGAAUACCCUAAUAUUCACCAAAGCAGUCGUUUUGUGUUUGUACCCGGGCCAGAGGAUCCUGGGCCUGGUUCUAUUUUACCAAGGCCACCACUUGCUGAAAGCAUUAUUAAUGACUUUAGGCAACGGGUACCAUUUUCAGUUUUCACCACUAAUCCCUGCAGAAUUCAGUAUUGUACUCAGGAAAUCGUUAUCUUUCGUGAAGACUUGGUGAAUAAAAUGUGCAGAAAUUGCGUCCGUUUUCCUAGCAGCAAUCUGGAUAUUCCUCAUCAUUUUGCAAAGACUCUCUUAUCACAAGGACAUCUGACUCCUUUACCACUUUACGUCUGUCCAGUGUAUUGGGCGUAUGAUCAUACUUUGAGAGUGUAUCCUGUACCUGAUCUACUUGUUAUCGCAGACAAAUAUGAUCCUUUUACUAUUACCAAUACAGACUGUCUUUGCAUAAACCCUGGCUCUUUCCCAAGAAGUGGAUUUUCAUUCAAGGUUUUCUAUCCUUCUAAUAAGACAAUAGAAGACAGCAAACUUUAA